CAUGCCAACCGCGUGGCUGCAGAGGCCCAAAAGAACCUGAGAAAUACACAGGCAGUCUUAAAGGAUACCCAGAUACACUUGGACGAUGCUCUCAGGACACAGGAGGACCUGAAGGAGCAGGUGGCCAUGGUGGAGCGUAGAGCAAACCUGUUGCAGGCUGAAGUUGAAGAGCUACGAGCAGCCCUGGAGCAGACGGAGCGGUCAGGGAAAGUGGCUGAGCAGAAGCUUCUGGAUGCCACUGAACGUGUGCAGCUCCUCCAUACCCAGAAUAGCAGCUUGAUCAACAUGAAGAAGAUGCUGGAAACAGACAUUGCCCAAAUUCAGGGUGAAAUGGAGGAUAUGAUCCAGGAAGCCCGCAAUGCUGAAGACAAGGCCAAGAAGGCCAUCACGGAUGCAGCCAUGAUGGCAGAAGAGCUGAAGAAGGAGCAGGACACCAGCGCCCACCUGGAGAGGAUGAAGAAGAACCUGGACCAGACGGUGAAGGACCUGCAGCACCGUCUGGAUGAGGCUGAGCAGUUGGCACUGAAGGGAGGCAAGAAGCAAAUCCAGAAGCUGGAGGCCAGAGUGCGGGAGCUGGAAGGGGAGGUUGAUGCUGAGCAGGAGCACAGUGCUGAAGCUGUGAAGGGUGUGCACAAGUACGAGAGGAGGGUGAAGAAGCUGACCUACCAGUCUGAGGAAGACCGGAAGAAUAUUCUCAGGCUGCAGGACCUGGUGGACAAGCUGGAGAAGGUGAAAUCCUACAAGAGACAAGCUGAGGAGGCUGAGGAGCAGUCCAAUGUCGGUUUCAUCAAGUUCCACAAGAUCUAUCAUGACCUGGAGGAAGCCGAGGAGCGGGCUGACAUUGCAGAGUCACAGGUCAACAAGCUCCGAGUGAAGAGUCGUGAGAUUUAUAGGAAAAAUGAAGGAGAUGAGGAUCUAGAAAGUU